AAAAACAAAAACUGCCUCGCAUACGACGACACUGCGGUUUCAAGUUUGGGGUUCGAACUCUCUCUUGCUCAUGGACGUGAUCGCCGAAUUUGAUCUCCUCGUCGCGAACCAGCACCGGGAGCUAAUGGCUGCGAGCGCCGCCGAGGCCGACCUUGACCUCGCCUUCCAUCUACAAAUGGAAGAAGCCCUUGCUGCUUCCUUCGUCGCCUCCCUUCCCCCUUCCUGUUCUUCUUCUUUUCCAGACGUCGCCGGCCCCUCGUCUUCCUCCGCUUCUUCCAUCAAAGCCGACCUUUCCCACGCCCUCGACCUCCAAUCCCUCGAGCUCGACCAUUACCAACUGGAACGACGCGACGCCGAGCUUUGCCGCACCGAAAGGUGUCGCGUGGCUGAGGACCUUCGCUAUCGCGUACAUGACGAGCAAUUCGCGCGCGAGAUCCAGGAUAUGUCAGACGAUGAUUGGGAUGAAUGUGGCGACUGCUUCGAGCGACCGAUUGAGCUCAUCAGUACCCAAGAGGAGCUGCCCUUUCGACUCUACUUCAAGGGUUUGGCGAGGGCGGAGCGCGUGACUGGUACGUCGGUGAGCUUCGCUGGGAUUGCUGUCGCCGUAUGUGAUCCGAGUGGUGAGUUAUUGCUCAAGAUCCAGAAGCCAGUGCAUGCGGAGGAGACCAAUCGAGAAGUGCUUGAUGCGAAGGCUCUAAUAGAAGGGCUCAAUGCAGUUGUUGAGUUGGGGAUUAAGAAUGUGAACGUCUAUUUUGAAUUCAUGCCCCUUCUCAAUCACGUUAUAGGGAAAUGGAGAGCAAAGCAACAGAAAAUUGUGAAUUUAAUUGAUCAGGUGCAACUACUGCGAAGAAAGCUUCAUAGAUGUCAAAUGUUCCUGCUUCCAAGAAGGAAUGUCAAAUUUGUUUUUGAACUGGUCAGGGAUGUGAUAGAUUCUCAGGUCAAAAAAGGUAACGAUUUGAUUCAGGUGAAGACAAACAACAAUCUGACCGAAACCUGCAACAUCUGCCUAGAGAUUACAGACUGUUCUCAAAUUUUUACUAUUGUUGGAUGUGGACAUAAAUUCUGUUAUUCCUGUAUGAGGCAGCAUGUGGAAGUUAAGUUACUUCAUGGAAUGCUCCCUAACUGCCCCCAGUUGGACUGCAAUAUUAGGCUGGAAGUUGAAAGUUCCAGGAAGUUCUUACCUCCACGACUCCUCAUGAUCAUGAGCCAACGAAUUAAGGAGGCAUCAAUUCCUCCAAAUGAUAAAGUUUAUUGUCCUUAUCCAAGGUGCUCAGCUCUGAUGUCAAAAAGUGAAACAAUCUUCCCCCUGUAUGGCUCUGCUAAACAGAAAAUAUCUGACAAUGCUGGACUUAGAAAAUGUGUUAAAUGCAGUGGAUAUUUCUGUAUCAAUUGUAGAGUCCCUUGGCAUGAAAGAAUGUCAUGUUCUGACUAUAAAACAUUAAAUCCGCUCCAACGUCCUGAUGAUCUCAGGUUACAUUCGCUCGCAAGGCAAAAAUUGUGGCGCCAAUGUGUGAAGUGUAAACAUAUGAUUGAACUAUCUGAAGGAUGCUAUCAUAUAACUUGCAGGUGUGGGUAUGAGUUUUGCUAUAGUUGUGGUGCAGAAUGGAAAGACAAGAAGGCGACAUGUUCUUGCCCACUGUGGGAUGAGCAUUACGUUUGGUACGAUGAUAACACAGAAGAGUCGUCAGAAGAUGAUUAUUAUGAUAAUGAUGAAUUUUAUGAUGAUGAUGAUGCAUAUGAUGAUGAUGAUGAUGAUGAUGAUAUUCAAAUGUGAGGUGAAAGCUUUCUUUUUUUCUUAUUUGUAUGAACUCUUAGCCUUCUAAGCUUUGUUUUUGUCUCUAAACUUUCUGUAAAUAUUGCCUGGAAAGAGAUCUUGAACGCUUCAGAAAAUCAGACUAUGCUAUGUGUGAGUUUUUUCUCAGUUAUUUAUAUUGCAACGCACUGAGUUUAGUUCUUGGAAUCAGGUUAUGUUGUUUUA